AUGGCCAAGGUGCUGAGAAGAGCCUGCCAGGAAGCAGCCUCCUCUUCGCAACCGGCGCCCCUUUAAAUACUAGGGGGUGAGCCGCUAGGCGGGAUUUACAGUUUGCCUCAGGCCAGGAGAAAAUCUGGGGUCGCUCAUCUCGAAGUGUGAAGCAGCCUGCGAGGACGUAAUGUUGUGUAUCGGCCCUAGAAACCACGUACACUUGGGGGAUCCUUAUUGUCCCCUUUUGAGCUCCCCCCCGCCUCAGUUGACUGGAAUCAAGGAUCAUUUAUCUUCAUAGCUGUCUGCCUGACAGUUGACAAAGACUUUUGGCACUUGAAAGACUUAAAAGUGUUGCUGUGGCUUGGACACACUUUAUCAGGUUUUUGAAAGGAGAGCUUGCAUAUGAUGAGCUGAGGAGAGAACAUGGAUGUUUUCAGCCAAUACAGCAGGAUAAUGGAAAUGAUUCCCUGAAAAAGCAGCAUUGCCAUAUAGAGCAACCAUGGCUUUUGCCCAGUCGCACAUUAUGACAGCUAGAAGGCAUCAACACAGUAGACUUAUAAUUGAAGUGGAUGAGUACAGCUCAAACCCAACACAGGCAUUCACGUUCUACAACAUUAACCAGGGACGUUUCCAACCCCCACAUGUGCAGAUGGUGGAUCCUGUGCCCCAUGAUGCUCCCAAGCCUCCAGGAUAUACACGGUUUGUUUGUAUAUCAGAUACUCACUCCAGAACAGAUCCAAUCCAAAUGCCAUAUGGAGAUGUUUUAAUACAUGCCGGGGAUUUCACUGAACUGGGACUUCCUAGUGAAGUUAAAAAAUUCAAUGAAUGGUUAGGCAGCCUACCUUAUGAGUACAAGAUUGUGAUAGCAGGCAAUCAUGAACUGACGUUUGAUCAAGAGUUCAUGGCGGACUUAAUCAAGCAGGACUUUUACUAUUUCCCUUCUGUAUCCAAGCUGAAACCAGAAAACUAUGAAAAUGUACAGUCUCUUUUAACAAACUGCAUAUAUCUACAAGAUUCAGAAGUGACAGUGAGGGGCUUCAGGAUAUACGGUUCUCCUUGGCAACCCUGGUUUUAUGGCUGGGGCUUUAAUCUUCCUCGAGGCCAAGCACUCCUAGAGAAAUGGAACCUAAUUCCAGAUGGAAUAGAUAUUCUUAUAACACACGGGCCACCCCUUGGUUUCCUAGAUUGGGUUCCUAAGAAAAUGCAAAGAGUGGGGUGUGUUGAGCUGCUGAAUACAGUACAGAGACGAAUACAACCACGUCUCCAUGUUUUUGGACACAUCCAUGAAGGAUAUGGCGUUAUGGCUGAUGGAACUACGACGUAUGUGAAUGCAUCUGUAUGUACAGUGAAUUACCAGCCACUCAAUCCACCUAUAAUUAUUGAUUUGCCUACCCCAAGGAGCACAUGAUUAUUACAGGACACAAAUCUGCAGCCUGUGCACAAACUUAGAAGCUCUGUGCUCUGUCCAACAUGACAACUAAGCAUCUGUUAAAUUAUGAAAAUUCUUUCUUUCUUUCUUUCUUUCUUUCUUUCUUUCUGGACAAACCAUAGAGGCAAGAAUGAAGAGACAGGAAAGACAUUUGGUAUCAUAGUCUUCAAGAAGUGCUUUAAGAAAAGUAACAUUUUGAUGCUUUACUACAGAAAAAGGGGGUGCAUUGUGCAUUUUAUAGAGACAGCACAUUUUAUAUAUGGUAACAUUUUACCAUAUAUCAAAUGUUUUACUAAAGUUAUUAAAGGACAUUGCCUCUAGCAAUAUGAUUCUUUAUUAUGUUUACAAUUUUUACGUGUGUGUUAAAUACUAGCAUUUAUUCAUUUAAAGACAACUUCACAGGAUGAUCACAUGGGGAAGGAAAUAAUUGUGCUAUGUUCUUUUCAACUGUCAUAACAGCUAUAAGCCCAUGUCUUUAAGAGGUUCGGUUUGCAAUCCUGUACCCACUUGUUAGUGAAUAAAUCCCAUUGAACACAAUGGAACUUAAAUCUGAGUAUACAUGCUUAGGAUUGUACAGCAAAGGAAGCACAUUCUUUUCAAAUCUACAACCUUCCAGUCUUUUAAAAGCAGUGGAGGAAAGGUUUUAUCUUGUUGCACCUGGUAUUAAAAGUAAAAAGUUAUGUGGUACAGCUUGCUAAAGUGCUGUAAGCAUAAAAAGUCAAAAAGAGAGAGUGAGCUCAGGAAUUAAAAGCCUGCCCCCCUCCAAAAAAAAAACCCUAAAUACUUUUGUUGAGUUUUGGUUUUAAAACUCAUUUAGUUUUAACUUUCAUUUAGUUUUAACAUGAUGCAUAAUCUUCCUCUAUGCCAGUGUUCAAAGGCACAAGUAAAAUUAGGUGUAGCUUCACUCAACCAUCAAAAUACCCAUCCCUGCAAUAAUGCUAAAAUGGAGUGAAAUACACAACUACUCAUAGCUGGCUGAAAUCUAAUCAGCACAUUAGCACUAUUGCUGUUUUUUGCAGCUUUAGACAAAAAAACUCCCCUCAUCAUCCUAUUAGGCACAGCAUUUUGACAAAUUAGUCAAUGAAGUCCACUCUAAAGUAGCAACAAAGGAAGGAAGAAUACUGUCUGAAUGUUAUAGGCUAACUAUUGAACGAGGUCUCCAGAUGUGUGAAAUACUUUGUGCAAACAAGACAGACCUCACCAGGCAAGUCUGUACUCUCUGGCGCUGGCAAGCAGAUGCAUGCACUCAUAUGCUUCAGAACCUUCCACAGGAAGCAUAAAUACAGACUCUGACUACAGUACCUGCCUGUACAUUCCACCCCACACCCCCACCCACACACCAUGUCAGGAAUGUGGGACACUGAACAGAAAAGCUAGGUUUGUUUCACAUUGUUCAUCAACUAGCAAUCCCAGGUUUAAAAAUACCAUUCAUUAAUUUGUUAGCAUCCCUGAAACAAGGGGAAAUUUUAAAAGAAAAGAAAAAUAAACCCUAAUAACUGCAUGAAAACCCCAUGUGGUCAAUAAUAAGUCAUUACUGUAGGCCUGUUCACACAAAUUCCUCUGUGUGAUCAGGUGCAUGACAGAAAGGCUAGCAGGAGCCAGGAAAAUGGCAGUCAUGCCUACUCACAGCUGCAGGAAGAAGCGGAUCACAGAAAUGACUGUCAGCUCCUCAUAUGUACAACCCAGUUCACAUUAGCCCUUCUGCAUGCAGUCAUGUUCCCGUACACAUAAUCAGGUGGAGGAGUGUCAUAUUGUGAACUUGUUCUGAUGUGGCUGUUUUAAAAAGAUAAAUUUCCUUGAUCUGUGAAGAGACAACCCCAGAAAAAAAAAUAAGAAGAGGAAAUCUGCUUUCCUCAGACGAUUAGGACUCUAAAUUUUUACACUUAUUCAUAGCACUUCUGAAAAACUUAAAAAAGGAGGUGGAGUAUAUAGUUAAAAUGUGUAUUUUUUGGUUUUUUGCCUCUACAAAAUUGUUAUGUCAAUCAGGAAAUAUUCUCUGAAUAUUUUUUUCCCCUGAGGCACUUUCAAGAUAUUGUGUAUUUUUAUGUGAGAAUGAUUUUGAAAGGAAACAUUAAGAAGCUUUUGAGGUUACAAAAGUUUAAAAGUGUGGAAUCAUUUGGCAUAAUUGGAUUGUUGUAAUUUUUUGUCAAGCAUGUUAGACAAAUAAAAAUUUCUUAAAACUA